AGCUCCGCCCAGGGGCGGAUCCCGGGGGAAUUGCGACAGCCCGGCGAUUGCGGGAUUUAGGUCGCGAGUGGGUGGAGCGUGGAGACCCAGAGUCAGGCCAGUCUCUGCCAUUCCCAAGGUUUCCCUGACCCGGAAUAUCCUGCUUGGAACUCUGUUAAAUCUUGAAUUGUUCACCCUACCCUCCCUCCACCAGGACAGAUUUCGUCGUGAACGACCCAAACGCACCGCCCCGGCCCAACUUGUGGCUUGCAGCCGGGGCGGGGCCAGCAGGAAAGCGGAACCGCGGCGCGCACACCCCGCUCCGACCUCUCCCUCCCUGCCCGGGCCACGUGUGCGCGCGCCGGAUCCGGGGGGCGGGGCCAGCAGUGCAGGACCCGCCCCUCCCUUCGCGAGACGCCGCGGCCCUGCGGGCGGGGGCUCCGGUCCGGGCUUUGGCUGUGGCCCCGGUGUAGUAGCGGGGGCGGCGGCCGGGGGCAGCGCGGCUCCUUCCCUUGUUGUGUGUGUCGGUGCCUCCUCGCCAUCUUGUUGCAAAGCCCUUUCUUGUCGGCGGGACUCCCGGGGGCCGCGGGGCGGGAGGCAUCGGAAGGGAGGUAGAGAGGGAGGGGAAGAAGGGAGGCAGUGCCGCCUUUUUUUUUUUUUGCAUCCUAUUUUUUUAAAUUUGCAAUUUUAUAUUUUGCAAAUAUUUUGAGAGACAUUGAUUUUUCUCCCCGUGCUCCCCCGUUCUUCCCUGCGGAGUGCGCUGCGCCGCCCAGCCCUGUCGCCCCCCGGAGGUGAUCCCUCCCUCCUGCCUGCCCGCCAGCCUGACCUGUGCCCGGCUCGCGGGCCGCAGCCUCGGCCCCGGCGCGCCCCCGGCAGCUCUCGGCGCGAUGAGCAUAGAGACGCUACUGGAGGCGGCCCGCUUCCUGGAAUGGCAAGCGCAGCAACAACAGAGAGCACGUGAGGAGCAGGAGCGGCUUCGCUUGGAGCGGGAGCGAGAGCAGGAACAGAAGAAGGCCAAUAGCCUGGCCAGGCUGGCACAUACCCUUCCUGUGGAGGAACCCCGCAUGGAGGCGCCACCCCUGCCUCUGUCUCCGCCGGCUCCCCCGCCGGCACCCCCACCACCACUUGCCACCCCUGCCCCACUGACUGUCAUUCCUAUUCCUGUGGUGACCAACUCCCCUCAGCCUCUACCCCCACCCCCACCCUUGCCCGCGGCAGGCCAGCCUCUGCCCCUGGCACCUCGUCAGCCGGCCCUGGUUAGCACCCCUGGACUCAGCAUUAAGGAGCCUGCCCCCCUGCCCAGCAGGCCGCAGGUGCCCACCCCUGCUCCCCUACUGCCGGACUCGAAGACCACCAUUCCACCCACUGGCAGCCCCAAGCCUUUGCAGCCCCUCCCCACGCCUAUCCUGACCAUAGCGCCACACCCUGGAGUCCAGCCUCAGCUGGCCCCCCAGCAGCCGCCCCCACCCACGCUUGGGACCCUGAAGUUGGCACCAGCUGAAGAAGUCAAAUCCAGUGAACAGAAGAAGAGGCCCGGGGGGAUCGGAACCAGAGAAGUCCACAACAAAUUGGAGAAGAACAGGAGGGCCCAUCUGAAAGAGUGUUUUGAGACCCUGAAGCGGAACAUCCCCAACGUGGAUGACAAGAAGACGUCCAAUCUGAGCGUGCUGCGGACGGCGCUGCGGUACAUCCAGUCCCUGAAGAGAAAGGAGAAGGAAUAUGAGCAUGAAAUGGAGCGGCUGGCACGUGAGAAGAUUGCCACGCAGCAGCGGCUGGCAGAGCUCAAGCACGAGCUGAGCCAGUGGAUGGACGUACUGGAGAUUGACCGCGUGCUGCGGCAGACGGGCCAGCCCGAGGAUGACCAGGCGUCCACCUCCACCGCCUCUGAGGGUGAGGACAACAUAGACGAGGAUAUGGAGGAGGACCGGGCGGGCCUGGGCCCACCUAAGCUGAGCCAUCGUCCCCAGCCGGAGCUGCUGAAGUCCACCCUGCCACCCCCCAGCACCACCCCUGCGCCUCUGCCUCCACACCCACACCCUCACCCCCACUCCGUGGCCCUAUCUCCUGCACACCUCCCCGUGCAGCAGCAGCAGCCACAGCAGAAGACCCCUCUGCCAGCCCCUCCUCCCCCACCGGCUGCCCCUGCCCAGACACUGGUGCCAGCUCCAGCCCAUCUGGUGGCGACGGCUGGGGGUGGCUCCACGGUCAUCGCCCACACAGCCACCACUCACGCUUCAGUCAUCCAGACUGUGAACCACGUUCUGCAGGGGCCAGGCGGCAAGCACAUCGCCCACAUCGCCCCCUCGGCCCCCAGCCCUGCGGUGCAGCUGGCGCCUGCCACACCCCCCAUUGGGCACAUCACUGUGCACCCUGCCACCCUCAACCAUGUGGCCCACCUGGGCUCCCAGCUGCCCUUGUACCCGCAGCCCGUGGCAGUGAGCCAGCCCGUGGCAGUGAGCCACAUCGCCCACACCCUCUCGCACCAGCAAGUGAACGGCACGGCCGGCCUGGGGCCCCCGGCUACUGUCAUGGCGAAGCCAGCCGUGGGGGCUCAGGUGGUGCACCACCCCCAGCUGGUGGGCCAGACCGUGCUCAACCCUGUGACCAUGGUCACCAUGCCCUCCUUCCCAGUCAGCACGCUCAAGCUGGCUUGAGGACGAGGCCACUCAGAGGCCCCCAGUGGGGACAGGGAGGGGGACCUGUCCCCCACUCUCUCACCCACCAGCUCCACACAUUCCAGCCAGGCCCAGGCCAGCCCCCCCACACACCCCCAGGCCUCCUAGGGGAAGAGGGUGCAAAGACUCUGAGCCAAGGGAGGGAAGGGCCACCCUGCUGCACUAGGACUUGGUAAGAUGACUCUGAGAAAAUGCGAGACUCUGAUGGAAUGUGCCACCUGUCCGGCCCAGUGCCAGCUCCAGUGCCGCUCCUGCUUCCCCUCCCUACCCUCGGAAAUCAGUGGGAUGUGGACGUCACGCUCCCUGACUUCUACCCCGCCCUGCCCCGCCUUCCUCUGCUGCUGCUGCUAUUGCUGUCUGGUGAGGUGGCCCAGGCCCCCGGCUUUCCUCCGGAGCCUCAUAUUCUCUUCCCAGGCCUUUGGAGGGGAAAUGGGGAAAGCAGAACUGAAGCCACUUGGCCCAGAAAGCUGCGGACUGGGGUGAUAAGGGACCUUGCUCUGAGCACAGGUGACAGAUCAUAGGAAGUGGCUGGUCUGGAGUCCCACCCGGACAGGUGGGGCCCCAGCCUGGGGCUCUCUGACCCGGUUGCAGUCACUGUGAUUCGUUACCGUAGAAACUACUUAAAAUGAUUCUCUACCAACAAUAAACCAAACCCAGCCACUGCCAAGCUUCCUGUGCCCUCACCCCAAUCCCUGCCACUGGGCUCUGAACCUCAGGAGGGCAGGCUGAGGUGGGGAAGGAGGGACUCGGCUGUCCUGCCCCCUUCCCCGUCCCCUGCAGCCUGGGUCUGGAUGGGAGGAGAGCCACUGGGCCUCUGUCCCCAGUCCCCAGCCCUGGGCUUGGCUCUUGGCUUCCAGAAGGCAGCAAAGAGGGGCGCUGUCCUGCGUUCAGCCCCUGAUCUCUGACCUCUGCUGAGUGCUGGGCACUCCUCCAAGGGACAGGUGGGCCUGGCGGCCUGUGGGUUUGGGUGCCUCCUGCAGUUUGGGAGACAUGGACCAGCAUCUGGUCUUGUUUCCAGGAGCAUAGAAGCCACAUCGUUGAGACAUCAGGAAGGUAAAAACCCAGCGGCUUAGCCAAGCCCUAAGCCUGUCCCCAGACCAACCCUGGGACCUAUACAGAACAGAGGGCCCGAGCUAGGUCUGCUGCUUCUGCUCCAGCCCCUUUGCCUCUGUCCUCCCAUCCCCUCAACAACCUGCUUCUCCUGGGGACGCUUUUGAGUGGGCCCUCCCCGGGGAGCUGCGGAGCAGUGCCACCUUUCUCUGAGAAGAGGCCCUUGGUUGGGUCAAGGACAGGGCUGAGCGUGGAAGGGGGAGGAGUCAGGGGCUCUGUGUUAGGAUGCGGCUUUCUCUGCCUCUGGGCAGCCUGCUUUGGCCUUUCCUUGUAUGUGGGUGUUUAUUACAAGUGGCUUUGUGUCAGACACGCUCGGCUCCCCACCUGGACACACGCUCACCAGUGGCCUUUCAGUGUAGCGGGAGGAAGCCAGUGUCCCUGGGUGUGAAGUUCACACUGAUGGGCUGGGGCAGGGGCCUGGGCCGGUGAGGGGGCCGGGAGGGAGGGGACAGAGUCGAGGAUUUCCUGGAGUGCCCUGCAGGCACAGAGGAGGUCAGCAAAGGUCUUGAAUAGAUUUUCUCUUGAAAUAAAGAAUCCUUAGAUGCCUAAAAAUUCCCUUCCCGUUCCCUCCUGGUCCUGGACACCUCCCAGGGGACUGUUUCCUUAUUUCUCUCUCCUGGUGUGGGUAAAGGGACAGUUACAAACCAGGUCACCACCCUCAGAGGCUGAGCCCUGUACCCACCCCAGCACAGCCACCUCCGCCAGACCCCGUGGCUCUAGGAGAGCCAGCUUUGCUAUUCCCAUUGUGACAGCGAUGGCAGGCCUGACCCACGGGGCAGUUAGAGCAGCCUCGUGGAGCUUGCCCCUCCCCUCAGCCUGCCCACCUCUCCCUGCAUCCUGAGGCCAGUGGCCCCCGGGCCUGCACAGAUACCUCAUCAUCCACCCGCUGCCCCUCCCCGUCCCUGUCCCCCAGCAGCGGGGGCCUGCAAAUCUAGUGCCGAAUGACUAUGUCCAGAUUGGUGACGAUGGGUGUUGCUGUUUUUCUUGUCGUUUGUGAACGCUGUGAUGCUGUGUGCCCAAGUGGGCAGCCACCACCCAGCCCUUCCUUGGGCGUCUCCCCCUGAGUGCUGUUGGGACCACAUCUGUCCUCACCCUGUGGGACCGCCUGGCCCUCCCUCCCUAGCCCUUCCAGCCUGGGACACACACACACACACACACACACACACACACACACACACACACACACACACACACACGCACACAUCUUACCUCUCAUGCGUGUUUUACCUUUUGAUGUUCAGAGUGGCUCACUGGCUGGGAGUCCUUACCUCGGGGAGAGGGGGAGGUUGGUUCCUUGGGGGGCCAAAGAAGGCAGGGAAUGCCUGGAGGGUAACUGGGGGGCCACCAUGACCCCUUCUCUCUCCAGAAACAGCUGCUUCUCCCCCCAUCCCAGGGUCCCACCCCCAACCCCCAGAGGUGGCCCUUGUUUACAGUGAGGACUCGGCCACUGUGUCUCUGUUUCCUGAAAUAUAAACUGUAGCGACCCCAGACUGUAGAGAUUUUUAUGUGUUUGGAUACAUCUGCUGUGUGGAAAAAAAAAAAACUACAAAAACCCUAAUUUUGUACAUACUGUAUUUUUACUAUUGAACUGUAUUCUAGUGGCUGUUCAUGCUCCAAGACUUUAGUUACCGAGACAUGAAUACUAUCCAUGUAAUAAGCACUUGCCUGGAAUAAAAUAUAAAACUGAAAUAAACCUGCACUGAAACCUGA